AUGGGACCGCAGGAGUCAGAGAUGGCGAAUGAGACAGUGAUGUGUCUACUAACAGACGCAGAAGGAACUCCUUUAGGUUCUGCUAUGUAUAUCCCUCACGAUGCUGGGCCUUUGCAGCUUACCCACUUCGUCAAUACGUUUCUCAACAACGUAAUUCUUCAAUACCUUCGAAUCUACUACAUCGGUUAA